AUGGAGAAAGAGAAAGACUCAUUUUUUGGAACCGAGAGUCCUCGAUCUGAAAUCAGCGAAGACGCAUAUUCAUCAGGUUCUCAAGCUAGUAAAAAAAGAAGUAUGACUAAAAUAUUCCGAAAGGUGUUUAGAAAGUGCCGGAUAACUUCUAGUAAAGAUAAAUACUAUCGCGCAGACGAUGCGAGUACGAUUUCUGCCGCUUCAAGUCGCAGCAGGUCAAAUUCCGAGAGCUCCGUGACCUCCGUCAGUUCAAAAUCGAGCGCAGCCUCCGAUGCUUCUUCUGUUUCCAAGGCAAGCUCAAAGAGCAACAACUCGAACAAAUCCAGCGCGAGCGAAGCAGGCGAAACAGCCAGUCUUGUCCAACACUCGGCAAGUGAGAAAGGCUCUACUGCCAGCUUGAUCGACCACAGCUCCGUUGAUCUUCCACCGUUGAACUCGGCGAGAAGUGAAAAAUCCAAUUCUGAAUCCGUGGCCACUUCCGUCAGUUCAGUCCGCGAAGUUGCCGCCGCUGGUGAUUCCGGCGAAAACUCGGUGCUCAAGGAGAGAUCAAUGACUCCAGUUGAAGAGGUCGAACCGGUCAAAGAAGUUACCAUCACAAAACCUGUGCGACCAAAAAGUGCUCAUCCUUCCCGCGCCCGGCGGACUUCGACCACUUCUUCAACGAAAUCCGAUGUGAGCCACUUACUGGAAGCAGUUCUUGUCAUGGACCAAAAAGAAUCUCAAAUGCAAAACAAGCCAAGCAACUUUACUCAGCCGCGCAUGCCAUCGGCGAAAACAAGGUCCAACUACAAGCAGAACGAGAGACAAAGAGAGAUUCAAAAAGAAAAUGCUCGUCUUUUAGCCGAAUUGACGAAAAAUCGACGACCUCAAUCAGCAACUUCUCUUAGUGGAAGAUCCACCCGUUCCGCGCGUUCCAUCAACUCUGCCUUUUCUACCGCCUCCAGUACGAGCAGAUACAGUACCAACUUCACCCCGAUCGCGCGAAACUACCACUCCAAAAUCAACAGAGAUCGCGAAGCAAAGCGAAUCGACCAGGAGAACUUGGCAUUUCUGAGAAGAUUGAACGCGGUAAAAGCGAGUCCGCACAUACGAAGCUCUAGAAACGCUGUUACAUCUGCCCCUGCGUUAAGAUCGCGCCCGAAAAGCAUGAGACCAACGGUAGUGAAUACUUGGCAAGAUGGCUGGUAA